CGUCGUCGUCGCUGGCUUCUCACGAAUCUCGCCUGUCUCGCAACAUUCGGAAUUUCGAUGUGCGCCCCCUCGGUUAGCAACCACGCUAAGGGUUAGAGACCUUCCAGACUUCCGACUACAGCGCUACGGAGCCGCCUUGAGCCGCAAGCGAUCCCCCUGGACCCUAUCAAAACGACUCCCAGCCCUAUCGUGAUGCUUUAUGCUUUUGGGUCAAACGGCUCUGGCCAGCUCGGUUUGGGUCAUACAGAAGAUGUCUCGAUUCCUUCUUUGACAACCUUGCCAGCGGGCGAAGAAUCGCAAGCACCUUUAAGAAUUGUUGCUGGUGGCAAUCAUACAUUGGUACUUUUCCCAUCUGGAGCGAUAUACGCUGCUGGAGAAAAUGAUAAUGGGCGAUGUGGCCCAGUAAACGACGCGGAAAGCUCACAAUCUACAUUUCGGCGUGUUUCUUUUACUGAUAGAAAUGGCAUGCCCAUUGAUUCAUUCAAAUUGUGUUCGGCGACGUGGGCGGCAUCCACAUUUGUGACUGCCGACAACCAAGUAUUCAGCUGCGGCUCUGGGCAAAAAGGAGAACUCGGAUUAGGGCCCGAAGUAAAGGAUGCUAGAGUGCCUCAAGUGAUUGCAAACUUUCCUCCCCCGGAGACCGAAAUAGUUGACCUGUCUGCUUGCAUGGGCCACACCAUCGCACUACUUUCAGAUGGAACUGUCUACGGUUGGGGAGCAAGCCGCAAAGGACAACUUGGGGUUGUAGAACCCGCCUUGUGGGGUCCCAGCAGAAUAUCUGGCAUUGACUUCUCUGUAAUUCGUGCAGCUUGUGGUCGUGAAUUUUCGUUUUUCAAAGGCAGCCAAGGGCAACAUGUCGUCCUGGGUUCAGACAAAUGGAACAUCAUCUCAAACGCUCCUGCGUCUUCGUCUGAAUGGAAAGACGUUGGUGCUGGGUGGGGAAAUAUCGUACAGCUUUCUUCAGAUGGCGGUCUGAGUUCCUGGGGAAGGAAUGAUCACGGGCAACUUGCUCCAAGAGCAUUGCCAAAAAUUGAGCAGAUAGCUAUUGGAAGUGAGCAUACUCUAGCAUUAACGACUAUGGGAAAAUUGCUAGCAUGGGGCUGGGGCGAACAUGGCAACUGUGGUCCUAACGGGGAUGGCGAAAACAAGUCAUGGAACGAAAUUAGAGUGGAUGAUAAUUCAUCUCUUUCAAUUAGCUCGAUUGGAGCGGGAUGUGCUUCUAGCUUUCUCUGGGCUGUGGAGGAAGGCCAUGCCUCGCAACGUCCUCCAACCUGA